CAGAGCAGUAAACAGCACCCAGCCAGUCUGGUCUGCCUGCCUGUCGCAGCGGUGGAAGAGAAGGAGGACGUUAUUUUAGGCACUCAGACACUGUCACCUGUCGUAGGACGAGUCUGGACACUGUCUCCCAGACAGCACACUUAGCCGCACCAGUAACACUUGCCACACCACAACAACACUCUCUGGAGACCUUACCACAGAACAGGAGAACCAGCGAUGUACACAAACGGACUCUGCAGUGUCUGAAUUAACGACUAAAGUGGUCUUUUACAGAGUUCUCUGGUCCUGAGAUGGGCCAGUACGACACCCAGGCUCUCUCAGAGACCCUGAUGGGAUUCCUGCAGGACCUGCCAUCCUCCGUCAUCCCAAAGUCUAUCUAUCCCAGCCUGAAGACUACCCUGCAAGAGGAAGAAGAGUUGUCUGUCGGGGAGACAGGCAGGCGUUUGCUGAAGGCUCUGGAGCCCCCCGGCUGUGCCCCUGCCGAGCCUGCAUUACCUGCUCAGACACCUGGACCGAGUGGGCCAGGGCUUGGCCCACAACGGCCAGAGCUCGGCCCACAACGGCCUGGACCCCCUCACCCUCGCAUUCCUCUUCAGCCCUCUUCUGCUCACCACUGGGUCAGAAGAAGGUCAUCAGGUUCAGGUGCUGGAGAGGCUGCUGGUGGAGAGGGCCUGGGAGCUGAAGCAGAUGUCAUCAGCCCUACCUUCCAAGCCUUCCAAAACCAAAGCCAUGGCAUCUUCUGUCAUCAAUGGGGAUGGCAGCAAGAUGGCUGAUGCAGAGUGGUACUGGGGAGACAUUUCCAGAGAUGAGGUGAAUGACAAGAUGAGAGACACACCAGAUGGCACAUUCUUGGUCCGAGAUGCCUCAAGCAAGGUGCAAGGAGAAUAUACAUUGACUCUCAGGAAAGGAGGAAACAACCAGCUGAUCAAGAUCUUCCACCAAGGAGGCAAGUACGGCUUCUCUGAGCCGCUGACCUUUGCUUCUGUGGUGGAACUCAUCCUGUAUUAUCACCAUGAGUCGCUGGCCCAGUACAACCCCAAGCUGGACUCACGGCUACUGUACCCAAUCACCAAAUAUCCGCAGGAUCAGGUGGUAAAAGGGGACAGCGUGGAAGCAGUAGGAGAGCAACUGAAGGUGUACCACGAACACUGCCAGGAGACGAGCCGGGAAUAUGACGUCUUGUAUGAAGAGUAUACUCGCACCUCUCAGGAGUUACAGAUGAACCGCACGGCCAUCGAGGCCUUCAACGAGACCAUCAAGAUCUCCGAGGAGCAGUGCGAUACCCAAGAAGGCUAUAGCAAGGAGAACAUUGACCAGUUCCUCAGGGAGGGAAACAGCAAAGAUACUGAGAGAAUCCAAAGUAAUUGGGAUAAGCUGAAGUCGCGGGUGACUGAGAUCCAUGACAGGAAGAGGAAGCUAGGGCAGGACCUGAAGGAGCAUGCGAUGGACAACCGAGAGAUCGAUAAGAAGAUGAGUAGCCUGAAAACGGACCUUGUGCAGCUGAAAAAGAUUAGAGACCAGUACCUGGUGUGGCUCAAUCAGAAGGGCACCAGACAGAAGAAGAUUAACGAGUGGCUGGGGAUCAAAAAUGACAUGGAAGGCUGUUCCUCCCCUCUACCUCCCAGCCUGUAUUCUCUGGUGGAUGAGGAGGAAGACCUGCCGCACCUCGACGAGCGCACUUGGUACGUGGGCGACAUCACGCGCAGCCAAGCCGAGGAGUUGCUGAGGGGAAAGGUUGACGGCACUUUCCUGAUCCGAGACAGCCAGUCCCAGAAGGGCUCCUACGCCUGCUCUGUAGUUGUGGACGGGGACAUCAAGCACUGUGUGAUAUUCAAGACCUCCACGGGCUACGGCUUUGCCGAGCCCUACGACCUGUACAGCUCCCUGGGAGAGCUGGUGCUUCACUAUAGACACACCUCCCUGGUCCAGCACAAUGACUUGCUGAAUGUAACUCUGGCAUGUCCUGUCCUAACCCAGCAGCAACCCAGAUGAGACGCAAGAUAACCCGGACAGGGCCUGGCACAUACAGAGGAAACACACAGAGGAAACACACAGAGGAAACACACAGAGGAAACACACAGAACUCAUAAAGACCACAAACCCUCACUUUUCCCAUACAAGAAAACAAAAAAGCAACCGUCUUUCUGCGCGUUGGGUUUGAGAGGAGGGCGGAGUGGAUUUUGACAUGGAAGAGCACAUUCACAUGAUCUAUUUUUUGUUAAAUCUUUACAACACCACCGUUUUUUGGAGAAACAAAAAAAAAGUAAUUGCUGUAGAUUCUUUUGAAAUCGACUUUGAAAUGUAUUUCUUUAUUUUUCUGUUACUUUUUUCUACAGUUAAAGAGGGGCUUUUUGCCAGAGGGUUUGAUAUUCAAGACAUGGAGAACAAAAAGACCUGCCAGCGCUUUUCUGUUUACAUUAAGCCUUGCUCACAUUGUCCACUGUGGUAAAAUGCUUAAAGGGAUUCUCCCGUACUUUUGACUACUUUUUAGCCAACAGUUCUGAAAGAAGCGCUCACAAGCCAAAAUUGCGUACUACGUCUAUGUGCACCACGUCAUUCCUUUCUGUCUCGCUCAUUUGCAACUUGCUAGCUGUUACUGACAUGGCGAGGGGCCGAAGCUCAUUAGUUGAACUCAAAUUACUAGUGGGCUUGCACAGGAGGGGGAGGAUUUUGGGGGAAAUGGCGCAGCACAGCUUCCAGAAAAACAGUUGCUUUCAAACUAGGGAUUUUGUGGCUAAUUGAGGGAGAACAGUAAUUAUUAACUGUCAAUGUUUUAUUUCUUUACUUCAAGUACAUAUUACUACAAACACAAAAUCCACAGCGUUGGGUAGCACACACACACACACAAAGAAAGCAUUCUAUCUGCUCUCUGUGUAACCUUUCAUGCUUAUGUGCACUUUCACAGUAGAACAUGGUGGAACACUUGGUGGUGAAAGUGCCUUCUGUUCUAAUCCUCUGUCUUCCAUGAUUUCUCUGUAAAUCAGAGUCCGUGUGGAUGCCUGGCCCCAAUCAGAUGCCAAGUGUUUUGUACAGCACUGUGUGUGAAACUGGAAAUCUGAAAUGGACCUCACUAUUGAUUGCCUUAGAGCAGAUGGGCAACUCCCUCAGAGUUGUACCUGGCACUAGUGCCACUGCCUGCUCAGAGUGCACACUUCUGGUUUCCCAGGUCUCAAUCAGUUGCUGAUUUAAAGGAAAGACACUAUGAAGAUGAAACUUGCCCACCCCUGCAUUAGUGUGUGUAUGAUGGUGGUGUUGGAAUUGUCCAUGUUGAAAAUGGAUUUAUGUUCACAUUUUUCGAGUCGAUCAUUGGUAAAUCUCGUCGGGGGGAUGAGUUGCUUGCUGUUGACAUUAGGUUAUGUAUGCUGUAUGAACGGAGGUAUUUGUCAGUCUCUCGUUAAGGUAUAAGUAGCCUAUUUCAAUGAUUCAAAACGCAUUUUCCUUCAUUGGACCUUACCUGACACACUUUAUGAAUGCACUUAUUUCUCAGGGCACAAGCUUCCAAAUCUGUUUUGUGAUGCUAACAUACACAAGAUAUUCUUGUUAGAUUUCGAACAAACUACUUUGACAAACUGAUUAGUACUAUGCAGCGAGUUCGGAGACCACUUGAUGACGCCUCGUUGUCGACAUUGAUAACCCUCACAUUUGUCGUGUAUGAAUCAGACCUUUAAACAAGACUAGAGGAGGCAUUGAGGUAGAAAUCCAACGGCAGGGACACAGAAGGUCAUAAAUCAUUAGCUUUUGCACGCAAGAAUCUCACUUGAUUUAAAGAUCCUGUAUGGUAUUAUUAUCAUGUUCUUAACCUAACCAGAAGCAGGAGUGACGGGGUUGUUGGUGCUAGAAGUGGACGAUGUCUUGUAUAUUAUGAUGACAUUGCAUUGGUGCAUUUUAUUGCUCACUAUUAGGAGUGGUUCAAUUGGCCAGCAUGUUGGGAUUGGUGAAAAUGUACAUUUCAUAACUGUUAACAUCGUUUGUUUUGUGUGUCAUGUUAAUCUGGUAAACCUGUUUCUUCUGUGUGUCUGGUAGUUAGGAGAAAAGGUCUCUCUGGAGAGAGAUGACAGAUGAAUAGUCUGUGUACUAUUUACUGAACAUAGCAUUUCAGCCAGAGUCCUGCUCAGUUAGGCUACCCUUCAGGUCAAAGGUGAGAUUGCAUUUUUGGGGGGGGGGGUGCAUGUGAGAGAGUAGUGUAUGUAAAUAGAGAGAGCAAUCCAAAAACUGUUUCCGGUUGAUUUUGAAAUUGCACUUGCAGUGUAAGACUAUGCUUGUUCUCCAACGUGUAGACUGUCUUUUCAACGUGAGCCAGACUCAGAGGAAUUGUUAUAUAUCUCCCCUGGCAUUUUCUGUGUGCUUGGGCCCAUAUUGGAGAUUAUGUCUAUCGUCCAUUGAUCCACAGACUGUUAUGACAGUGCAGCAUAAGUGGGUAAAUGUUUGAGGUUUGAGUCGGGAGGUUGCCUUGCCAAUAUUUAUAAUCUGGAACUGUAUAUGCACCACAAAGACAUGAAAAUGUUUCGGGAGUUUUAUUACAAUUGGACUUGAACAUGCUCAUUUAUUUAUUUACAAUAACCGGCUAUGAUAGGUCAGGAACACUCCUCAUCGUGGACAUCUCAUUCAUUGUAAGACAAGGAUGGUAUCAUUGAAGAGGCACUUUUAAGGGUCUGUUUGAAAUGGGUUUUUAUGAAAGGCCGUUUUAAACCCUGUGUUUCAGUGUUUUUGUUAUUCCUUCAUCAUAACCUGAACAGAUUUAAUUGAAGAAGCUCAUGUGAUUUUUUUGGAUCUUCUUUACAUUUAAUGUGUUUACAAUCUCUAAAUAAGCAAAUAGAUUAAAAAGACUGUUUUCUAACGAUCUAUUUGUCUGCUCAAAAGCUUAUCUAGAAUGAAAUUCUGUCGUAGUGUUUGUUGUAUCUUGACUUUCAAAUGUUUUUAAGACUGCUGGGUUUUUAACUUUUGCACUUGUGAAACUGUAAUUUAUACAACCUUGACAUAGGUUGGAGUUAAGUACUUUGAAACAAGGAAGAAGAAAAAAACAAGGAAAAAAUGCACUUUAAAAUGGGCUGUAAGCAACAUUAGUCCAACUCUGUAAAAUGGACUGUAAGCAACAUUAGUCCAACUCUGUAAAAUGGACUGUAAGCAACAUUAGUCCAACUCUGUAAAAUGGACUGUAAGCAACAUUAGUCCAACUCUGUAAAAUGGGCUGUAAGCAACAUUAGUCCAACUCUGUAAAAUGGACUGUAAGCAACAUUAGUCCAACUCUGUAAAAUGGACUGUAAGCAACAUUAGUCCAACUCUGUAAAAUGGAAUGUAAGCAACAUUAGUCCAACUCUGUAAAAUGGACUGUAAGCAACAUUAGUCCAACUCUGUAAAAUGGACUGUAAGCAACAUUAGUCCAACUCUGUAAAAUGGAAUGUAAGCAACAUUAGUCCAACUCUGUAAAAUGGACUGUAAGCAACAUUAGUCCAACUCUGUAAAAUUGACUGUAAGCAACAUUAGUCCAACUCUGUAAAAUGGACUGUAAGCAACAUUAGUCCAACUCUGUAAAAUGGACUGUAAGCAACAUUAGUCCAACUCUGUAAAAUGGACUGUAAGAAACAUUUGUCCAACUCUGUAAAAUGGACUGUAAGCAACAUUUGUCCAACUCUGUAAAAUGGACUGUAAGCAACAUUAGUCCAACUCUGUAAAAUUGACUGUAAACAACAUUAGUCCAACUCUCUAAAAUUGACUGUAAACAACAUUAGUCCAACUCUGUAAAAUUGACUGUAAACAACAUUAGUCCAACUCUGUAAAAUUGUUAUUGCAUUACUUUCUGGCUGCACAUAAACAAUGGUAUGUUUUCAUGUUGUAUUUGUUAGACUGGUAGUUUUGUAUAGGACUAAAUUAACCAUUUAUUAAAAAGAGUAUAGUUGUCAAAAUACCUUUUUGUUGACAUUUUUACUGACAGUUUUCUGAGAAAAGCAAUCCCUUGCUCAGAAGGCAAUUGAGUGUAAACGUUGGGAGAAUUGUGAUAUCUACUGUCAAAAUGUGGUCAGAUGGUCUAUGAUGUUCCUCACUGUUGUCUUGGCAAUUUUCUGUGAAGUUAGUCACUACUGAUGAUGGACUGCUUUAUUUAGGUACUGCUUUGAUGUUGUGACUGUAUGUAUGUUAUUAAUUAUCUAUUAGAUAAUUCAUCAAUCAAUUAAGAAGGCUUUUUACUCUGGCCUAAGUUUUGCGUUUGUUCUUCUGCCUGUUUUGCCAACCAAUUUGUCUCUAGGUAAAGAGAAGUGGUUGAAGAGAUGAUAUGGCUGUUGUAAUUGCUGUGGGAUGUCCAAUGAGAGAGUUUGGUUUCUCAAGUGGUCACAAAAAUCCAUCUGGUUAGCACAUCCUGAGGAUGAUCGUAAUCAAUGGUGGGAGGAGCUCCAACCCACUGGCUUUUCAAAUUGGUCAGAGUGUUGUCUGAGAUAAGUGUCAAGGAAGGCUUUGGCUUCAGUACCUGUAAGCAACAUGACGUUUGCACCUGUGUUUGUCAUUUUUCUUCUGCUCUACUUUCAAGAAAUCCCAAGGAAAGUCGAAGCCCAAACCGGCGUGUGAAUGGAUCAUCAAGGAUGAUCAUCAAGUUUGAAUAACUUGCACUGAGACAUUAUUGUAAUGACAACUGCUGGGCUCAGUUUAGGUUUGUUUUAUCAAAUCUAUUCAAGAUUUUUUUUUCUUGAUUCUGGCUUGAAGUAUUUCAUCUGUCGCAGUUGAAUGAUUAAAGUGUCCUUUUUCUACAAAAAUCAAAAUGUCCUUUUUGUGUGUAAUAGCACCAAGCAUUAAGACAUUCUCCUGCAAUUAUAUGUAAAUGUCAGUGUAUAUCCCAUAUUCCCAACCAUUGUUUUACAGGAUUGUGGGUUCAGUUUAAAUUGAUGUUCAAAGAGUUCCUUGUCCAUGAUUGAAUGAGUCAUGCUUUUGAAAUUGAGCACCAGAGGUCCUACAUUUCGCGAGGGCAUGUGACUGGAGCCAAAUGUCAAUGAGAAAUGUGACGCCAACAAGCUGUUUUGUUUCGGUUCAAGUUAUCCCUUAAAUGUGUCUUCAUGAGUAUUUCAAAGCCCUCCAUUUUACUAUGAUUUCUAAAUAUUCAACAUGUAACUGGGGGUUGGAAGUUGUUUUGGUUCCCACAAUAUUCAUUAUCAGGUCAAUUCCAGGCAAGUCAUCAUUUUCUCUAAUUGAAACAGUAAGCCUGCCGUGUGUGAGAACAUACAUUUCAAGAUUAUGUUAGAAUACUGUUAUUGCAUCAAAUGGUUGUUUAAUGCAACAGAACAGGUGGUUUAAUCUAUGUGUGUUCUACUGAGGAUGCGCCUUUGGGAGAUUUAAUGCUGACAGAAGAUUUAUCAUGUCUUUGGGUGAUAAGCCUUUCAUACAAUUGUUAUCCUUGUGACCCAUUUCCAUACAUCUGUUUGUCAUGAACAUCCAGGAGGGACUUUGCUAUAAAAUACUGUGGUAUAGUCCUGCUGGUUGGGCUCUCAACGAAUCACCAAUGGGCG